UCUUUAUUUACUCUCUCUCUCAUCCGGAUUUUAUUACAGCAGUUCCUCUCUCUCUCUAGAAAACUGAGGAAUUUUAAAUAUAAUAACAUGCCAUUUUUCUUUCUUUUGGGUGUGUGAAUUCUCUCUACGUGAAGCAACAAAAGUCUUCUCUUUCACACCUCUUUCUCUCAAUCCCACUACCCCAUAUGGUGAUUUAAAGAAUCUUGUUCUAGGGUUUUUACAACCCUCUUCUAAAAGCUCCCAACUUUCCCCAAAUUAUAACGUUUUUCAUCUUGAUUUCUUCAGUUAACUUGUUUUUUACCCUUGUUUCCAUCUGGGUUUUCUUCCUUUUCAUAAUCUUUCUAACAGUUUCCCCUUAAUUUACUCAUAAUCACACCAAAAACAAGGUUUCUUGGAUUUUUGGAGGUGGGUUUUUGUUAAUUUUUAGUUUUGAGUGAAGAUAUGGAGGAAGUUGAAGCUGCUAAUAGAGCUGCCGUUGAAAGUUGCCAUAAAAUUCUUACUCUUUUGGGUAAACCACAAGAUCAAACUCAGUACAAAAACUUAAUGGUUCAAACAGGGGAUGCAGUAGUUAAGUUCAAGAAAGUUGUAACUUUACUUGAUAAUGGUGUAGGUCAUGCUAGGGUUAAAAUGGUCAAAAAAAUUUCACCCCCUAUUUCACAAAGCAUGCUUCAAGACAACUCCACCACAUUCAUCCACCACCAGCCACCAAAACCUUUACAGCUUUUGUUAGAUUCUCAUCCAGUUAAAGAAACUGGAUCAAAUGUUGUUAAUGUUAAGAACACUUUAUCUUUAGGGAACAACAGUAACAACCUUAACCUUCAGCCUUCACUAGAACUAAGCUCAAAUGGGAAGCAUAAUCUUCACAUUCCCCAAAAUACCCCUCACCCUAACUCUAAUUACCAUUUCCUUCAACAGCAGAAACUCAAACAGCAAGCUGAGAUGAUGUAUAGGCGUAGUAGUAGUAGUGGGAUUAGUUUGAAUUUUGAUAGCUCAACUUGCACCCCUACAAUUUCUUCAAAUAGGUCUUUUAUGUCUUCUUUAAGUAUUGAAGGGAGUGUGGCUAGUUUGGAUGGGGGUUCGUUUCGGUUAAUCGGUUCGUCUCAUUCCGCUGAUCAAGGUGCGUACCAGCACAAAAGGCGGUGUUCGGUUAGGGGUGAUGAUGGGAGUGUGAAAUGUGGGAGUUCUGGUAGAUGCCAUUGCUCCAAAAAGAGAAAACAUAGGAUUAAGAGGUCAAUCAAAGUGCCUGCAAUUAGUAACAAGCUUGCGGAUAUCCCUCCGGAUGAGUAUUCUUGGAGGAAAUACGGUCAGAAGCCUAUCAAGGGUUCGCCACAUCCGAGGGGGUAUUAUAAGUGUAGCAGCAUGAGGGGUUGUCCAGCAAGAAAACAUGUGGAGAGAUGUUUGGAAGAUUCGACAAUGCUCAUAGUCACCUAUGAAGGUGAACAUAACCACCCAAGGUUACCUUCGCAAUCCGCAAACACUUAAAAUACCUUAACUAGAAGUUUAGUCCCUUGUUACCUGUUCUGUUGUCUGUUUCUUUGAUCGGGCCGGGCCGGGUCGGGUCGGAUUGGGUUGGGUUGGUUGCUCUCGUAUAUAUUUUUAACGGGGUUUUCGGGUAUAUUUGGAGCUAAAACUAUGGCUAAGUUUGAUCAGAACGUUCUGCGGUCGUGGGGUUCGUUUAAUCUUUAUGAAUGUUUUUUUAUUUAUUUUUAUUUUGUUUCAUUUUGUUUCAAGUUUAGUGUAGGGUUUCUUUUAUGGUAAUUGGGUAUGUAAUUGGUUGAAGAAAGUCACUCACCAUUGUUAAAAUGUUGGAUUAAUUUGAAGGAUGAUGCAAGUUGGUGUAUUUGAAUUGUUAGUCCAGUUGACUAUAUUAAUUUGUGGUGACAAUAGUGUAUGAUUCUGCCAUAUAUAGCAAGUUUUGUUGGGGGGCAA